AUGGGUGUGGCUCCCAUCAGCCUUAUUGUAAAUGAACUCGAAUACACGAAAGCAGAGAGCAAGCCCCAUGUGUUCGAACCAGUUAUGAGUCUGCCAAGGUACUACAGCACGAUGUGCUUGGUUAAUAUGGGGAUUCUCGCCUUAGAAGGAGGUGGUGCGCAGCCCAAAGGCCUGCGUCUAUCGGAAAUCAAGAGCGUUUCCGGCAUUACGUGGAGUAUUGCCUUGGAACCUCUCCCUCCGGCCAUCUACGCGAAAGGUGCAAGUGCCAACUCCCUCGAACUUGGCGAUUAA